AUGUCUCAGAGCACACCAGCUCCAACCCCCAGCAGAGCUAACUACGGCUUUGCUCUGUACCUGGGCUCGUACACUGUGUUCGGCAUCUAUGUGAUUUGGGCAUUUGUGCCGGACGAUUUGUUACACUCUGUGGGAUUGACGUACUGGCCACAGAAAUACUGGGCUCUGGCUGUACCUAUCCACGUGCUCGUCACUCUGGCGUUGUUUGCUUUCUGUUUCUACCCAGCAAUCAACUUGACACUCAUUCCUCCAAUGAAUGAUAACCGAAUUAUCUAUGAUGAAUUUUCCAUUAAGCCAGAAAAUGUUAAAAUAUCUACAAAAGGUAUACCAGCAGUGUGUGAUUUACCAUUAGAUGAAGUUUGUAAAAAUUUAUAUCUCAGGGGUGGUGAUUGA